AUGGCAUCUGAGAUACCCCCAGUGACUGGGGAGACCCAUGGUGAUGGUACAGUUAGAAGCGCUCAAGAUUCCAGCAAUGGGGACUUAAGUUCCUCAAAUCUCUCAACAGCGUGGAAAUAUUGGAAAAAGAAGCAAGGGUCUGCUGAAAACACAACCAGGAAGAUAUCAUCAAUUGACCCUUUAGAAGCAUACGAUGCUUCUCACUCAUCAGAAACUGACCAACAAACUACCAAUAAUGAUUCUCAGAUACGGCCUGCUGAAAUUCAAAACAAUGAAGAUUCCAAAAUAAACAAUCCGCCACAAGAUAACAACCAAAUUAUACAUCCAAAUGCUCCACAGGCCCAACAUCAACAAUGGCAGUCAUGGCUGAAUCCAUUUUCAUAUUUACCUCAAGAAUCUUUUAGCUUCCCAGGUAAUCAACUCCCAAGUCUUCAAAGUCAACAUCGUUCUAAUGAUAAUCAAUCUGAACAUUCCUCUACUUUAUCUUCUGCAACACCAACUGAAAAUGGGUGGUUUGGUUGGAUAUGGCCUAAAAAACAGCAAAGUGAAGAAAAUUUAAAUCAAGAAAUGCUCAGCUCAAUUGAACUCAAGAGGAACUUAAAAGAAGCAAAGAAGGCUAUUCAAAAUCCAGAUUCAAUUUGGGCUUGGUAUCAAAAUCAUUAUAAUGAUAGACAUGAUGGUGAAAUUUCGGUCUUGGAAACAAAAACAGAAACUUCUCCAGUAGAAAUGAAUAAAUUCCCAAUGCAAUACAAUAAAACAAAUACAGAAUUUGGUGAUGUGGUACCCAAAUUUGAUGAAUGUUAUAGAGAAAUCACAACAAAGACUACGAUUAGAAUUGCAACAGAAUUAUAUUAUAAUUAUCCUACAGAAAAACAUUUGUACAUAAAGAAAAACACACAUAAACCAUUAAUCACAAAUAUAUUGGUUGUUUCAGUCACGGGUAAGACCAAUAAGACGUUAUCUGCAAAGUCAUUAAGCUCAUUAGCUGUUGAAUCUAUUAAAGACUGGUAUUCAGAUAAAGAAACAAGUUUUGAUUAUCAAAUCGAAAGCGUAUCAUUAGAAGCUGCAAAAAUCAAUGAAGAUUCUUCAGAAGAUUUGUUUAAACUUUUAAUUAAUUGGAGAGAACAGUUCAAAACAAUCGAUUUUGUAUUUUUCGCAGGUUAUGAUAAUUCGGUUCCAUUGUCUGCUAAACUUUUAGAAAUUAUGAUUGAGAGAAAUUUAUUCACAAAUUCCAAAAAAUUUGGAUUAUUAAGUGUUGAUGGUAUAAUUCCGGGUCCAUAUCUUGAUGAACCAAAUAAAUCUCAAAUUUCGUACUGUCCAGAUUUCAACCAUAUUAUUGUUAACCUAAUUGAAUUAUAUAAUGUCAAAUUCACUAUAAUUGGGACACUGAAUAGCAUUCCAGGAUCACUUGCACUUCAUUUGAAACAUCCAAAUAUAUUUAGAUCAAUGCAUAUACUGGAAUCAAGUUAUGAAAAUACAUUUGAAGUUUACCUUUUCCAAUUGUUAUUGAUUGCUCAUAAUCUAGGACAUCCAACUACCAGGUUACUGAUUCAAUUGAAUAAAUUUUUCAACACUACAACAGCAAGUAUAGCAGAUCAUUUAGAUAAGAAUGAUUUUCAUAACGCCAUAAAAAAUUCUUUAAAUACAACAAGUUUAUUCCAAAGUAAAAAAAUCACACUGGAUUUGGUUAAUGAUUCUAUACUUGAUAACGAAUAUAAUUUGAUAUGGACAUUACAUGCGUUUGUGGAUGAUUUUAAAAAGAUUAAAAACAUCGAGUCUCAUAAAUGGGUAUCAAAUUUCAUAACUUCAUAUAAAGAUUGGGAUCCUCAAUCCAAAAGCCUUAAGGAACUCAAGUACAUGUUGGAAGUUUUGAAAAUUGAAGAUUACUGCGGUGCACUUUUGAAUUAA